UAAACUUUAACUCAGACACUUCACUCUGCAAUGUCAGUUGGAACGAUGGUGGAGAUGCAAUGCAAGCAGAACAAGAAGUACCGCUCGACAUAACUUCGGAAGUUUGUCAAAAUUCGGACAGUUUGGGAUGCGUCAAUUAUGACUCAGGCUGGUCGAGCAGCAAUGUCAGUUGUAGUGGAACGACGAAACUGAAUUCUUUAUGCGACCCAACGCUUAAGCGGAAGAAGUGCUGCAAUUCUGCAUUAGGGGACCAGAUACCUCCCGUUUUGACUUUACAUGCUCGUCUAGAUCGGAAAAGAAAGAAUAGCGUUAAUGAGUCGAAUGCUUCCGCAUCCGGUGCGCCCGCUCCCAAAAAGCAGAAUUGUGAACCGGAUGUCGACUUUGCUCUGGCGAAUCGUCAGCUGGAAGAAGUAUUGUCAAAUGAAAGAACUACGACGCCUCUGCACAGUAUUAAUCAAACAGAAAAUGCAUCGCAGGUAAUUGUAACGGAUCUUCUGUAACUGUUUUGAUAUGAGCUGUUGAAUUACAUGGAUGAACGAUGGAGUGUUAGAGUGGGCAUUUUGUUGAAAU